GUCCUCCCGCCCGCCUCCAGUUUCGCGAAUCUUCGGUGCCCCAGAUCCGGCUAUCCUCUCCGCUUCACAUCUCCGCCCGGCCUCGGCUCCUCCUCCUCCUCCUCUCUCUCCUCACACUGUUACUUGUACUGCCGCCACUAGCCGAGCCUGCCAUUCUCUCUCUCGCCUCCAUUCCUACACCACCAGCACACCACCGGCACCAGAGACAAAAACAACUUUGGGAGGAAAAAUAUACAGCAAAACCCUAGAUCUCCCUGCCCCCCUCGGCAUUGCUGGUUGGGCGCGCCUUUCUAUGAGCGCGGGCCACCGGUGCUGAGGGACGCACGGCGAUGGCCAACGCCGCCACCGUCAUCGCCUCCCCGGCGCCCGCCGCCGCCGCGGCCGAGCCUGCCGGCUGGCUCAUGGACGAGCGCGACGGCUUCAUCUCCUGGCUGCGCGGGGAGUUCGCGGCCGCCAACGCCAUCAUCGACCUCCUCGUCGUCCACCUCCGCGGCGUCGGCGACCCGGGCGAGUACGACCACGUCGCCGCCGCCGUGCAGCAGCGCCGCCACCACUGGGCGCCCGUGAUCCACAUGCAGCAGUUCUUCCCCGUCGCUGACGUUGCCUUCGCGCUCCAGCAGGCCGGCUGGCGCCGCCGCGCGCAGCCGGGGCAGGCGCUAGGGGCUGCCGCGUCGCAGAACACGCCGCCGCCGCCGCCCGCUCGCCGCCCAGCGUUCUCGCACUCCCACCACUCCCACCACCACCAUCGCCACGGCGGCGGCCACUAUCGCCCCGAUCCGGCGCGCGGAGGCGGCGCGGUUGCGUCGGCUGGAUCCGAUAAAGAUGGACGUGAAGCUCAUAAUCACAAGGAAGGGAAGGUGCUGAAAGAAGUGGAGAACAUGGUUGACACUAAAAGCUUGCGGUUGGAUUCUCCUAAAAUUGAUGAAGGUGAGAAAAAUUCAAAGCUGCAAGCUGUUUCCGAUGGAAGCAGCAAAGGGGUUCAAACUCCUAUAGAGUAUUCAACCAAUGAAACCAUUGAUGGCAAGACGGUUAAUUCUGUUGAAGGGCUCAAGGUUUAUGAAGGGUUGGUAAAUGUGACCGAGACAGACAAGAUUCUUUCUUUAGUUAAUGAAACAAAAGCUUCUUUCCGGCGAGGGGGUCUUGAAGCUGGGCAGACCGUUAUAAUUGGUAAAAGACCAAUGAAGGGUCAUGGAAGGGAAGUUGUUCAGAUGGGUGUUCCUAUCAUUGAAGGCCCUCCAGAUGAUGAGAAUCAAAGAGAGACAAGAGUGGAGGCGGUUCCUGGGCUGCUGCAUGAUCUGUUUGAUCGCUUGUCUCAGCAGGAAAUUAUACCUUUCAAACCAGAUUAUUGUGUUAUCGACUUCUUCAAUGAGGGAGACUAUUCUCAUCCUCACCACUCCCCUCCUUGGUAUGGUAGACCUCUUUGUACGCUCUGCUUAACAGAUUGUGAUAUGGUGUUUGGCCGAGCUAUAUCAGGAGAACGAGGUGAUCAUAGAGGUCCCCUGAAGCUCACGCUCACAACUGGGUCCCUUCUACUCCUGGAAGGGAAAAGUGCUGACAUUGCAAAACGAGCUAUUCCUGGUACAUGUAAGCAGCGAAUCCUACUGAGUUUUGGAAAGUCUGUAGCAAGAAAGCACAUUCCAGCUGAAAGUGCUCGGUUAACUCCCCCAUUGACACCUCCUAUGCUGUGGGGUCCAUCAUCAAAGCCGUCUAACAUGGCACGCCAUCCCCAAAGUCCUAAACACUUUGGAUAUGCUCCUGCUAGUGGUGUUCUUCCAGCUCCAGCUGUUGGGCCUCAUCACGUCUCUCCAUCUGAUGGAAUGCAGCCACUAUUUGUAGCCCCUGGUCCUGUUUCUGCUGCAGCCAUUCCUUUCACGCCAACUGUUCCGUUGCCAAACACAACAGCAGCUUGGAUACCAGAAGCUACUCCAAGGCCUGCUCCACCGCGAUUCCCUGGUCCUGGUACAGGGGUCUUCCUUCCUCCAGGAUCGGGCCACCCACUGCCUCACCAGAUGAUGCCAGCUUCUCAAGGUCACGGUGAACCUAACUCUCCACAGGGUUCAUCAUCUGCUUACCUGCAGAACAAGAUCGCCGGCAAGGAGAUGUCUAACGGUCAUGUUUCCCCAAAGAGCUCGCCAGCAAACAGAUCUUACACAACUGAGGAGAAAGCAGAAUGCAAUGGGAGCUCAAAUGGUGGCGGCAGCUUUGCAGAAGAAAAAUCAGCUGUAGGCAAGGAGCAGCAGAAUGGUAGUCUCAAGAAUGUUGGGAGCAGCAUGGUCCAGCCACAUGGACAUGCCUCUAAAUAGAGGGUGAGUAACAGUACAUAGACAAGAAACUGAAGAGAUCGGGAGUCUUGGAUUUUUCAGGCGGUGAUAUUGUGGGAGCAUGCAUGCAGAGCUUUGCAGAGGCCUUUCGCUGGCAACUCCCAUAACCUUGACAACAAACCUUGGUGUCAAGUUCAUAAGGAUGAAAAUGCUGUCUUAAAUUUUGUAGCUGCUCUGUAGCAAACUGGAUUUAUCAUGGCCUUAAGUUAUCAUCUGCUAUCGUUACCCGAAUGUGGGACUAGAUAUCAAUAUAUGUUCUUUGGGCAGUGAAAACCAUUUCUGAUGUAUUUUGUUGCUGGAGUCUUAAGCCAACACAUCGGAAAUGGAAAAAAUGGGAGAGAAACUUAUUGCA